AUGGCACCCAUGAGUGUUGAUUGGCAGGAAAGCGUAUCAUCCUACCAGGCGUUAGUGAAUCUUGAGAGAAGUACCGCUUCUGUGCAAGACCAGCUUGCCGCAGCCUCGAGCAUAAUCAAGCUCGAGAACGAGAACGAGAACUUCAAUGGAUCGAAUGAGGAUGCGCACGAACGAGAAAUACGCUUCUGGGCACGAGAAGAAUGGAUUUUACGGUGGAUCUUGAGCAAGCUCUCGACAAACAAAGGCGCCGGAGACAUUUGGAGAACCGAACCUAGAUCAUGGCUGCUUUUGCGACGCGUUGCCCGAAGACUCCCUGUCCGAAGCGCUGCUCGGCUCUUGAUCUCCCAUAACUUUUGUCACCGGAUUGAAGAAGCGCUUCUCGCGGCUUCAACGCAAAGUCAAGCCAGCGACGGGGCGGAAACGGUGCAUAAGCUUAGUAAGAAGAGGAAGAGGCCAAGUAGAGGCGCAGAGGUAGCUUCGGGUGCUCCCAGUCCCUCGCGGCAUGAUGAGCGGAUAUUGCUUCUUUCCGUUGCCUCUGCUGUAACUUGUGUCAUCGGACUAGCCGAUGCCUUCGAAGGGCCCGAUGAGGAAGACAAUCUCAACCGUGAAUAUAUGAAAUCUGUUCUUCGAGUGGACGUGCCAACUGGUGCUCGAAUCCUGGGCAGUGCUUUUACUGUUGCAAAUGAGCUGCUGAAGCGCGAGAGCGGAGGAGAAGACAUACCUCAGAGUCUCCAAUCAAUGGUCGAAAUUUGGCAUCACCGAUAUGUCGACGUUGGUGACAAAGCAGGCCGUGUCAGCAACGAUGCUUUUGCAAACUUCGCCCUUACACCAGCAAUCGCUCUGCUGAAUACUUGUCAUAGGCUGCUUCAGAACUCCCCUGAAACAAGGCAAAUCAUCGAGGUCUUGGAGGGGCUGAUAGCUAUUCACAUUUUUCUGCCUGCGCGAGCCAAUUUCUUAGACUCUGUGGGCACAAAUGCAUCGAAUGUCGAAACUAAAGCUAACAAGAAUGCUGGAGACAAAUUACUCCAGCUGCCGGACCUUCUCAGCCCUGUGCAGUCUCAGACAAAUGAUACAGCUCAUUCUGAAGGCAACCCCCAAACGGAGUGUGCUUUAACUGGAGUCAUCCCAACCCUGUUUGAGCUCUCGCUGAGGUCAUUACCAGCCUACGGUCCAAGGUGGCGCGUGAGUGAAGCUGCUUGGCUACAAAACGUUUUCAACACUCUUCUAGCCACUAUAGGACUGCCUUUAGGCUCAACUUCAAAACCGGCACUGAAUGAUAAGCACCUCGCAACAAUAAAGCACAUGCUUCAGAUUGCACUGGAGUACAACGUUUCGAUAGAUACCCAGACCCUUCGAGAAAUAACGCUCAGCUUCACUGGACUGGUUUCUGACGAAGGGCAAAAAGAUGUCCAUUGGGCAAUUAUCUCCCAGAUCUUGAAAUUGGACGUCAAUGUCUUCCUCGCGCCCGAACCGGUAGCUGCAAAAGAACCCGAAGAACCGGGAGCAAAUGGUUCAUUAGUCGACAUUCUAUUCUCUCGCAUCACUGAACGGGGCCAAGACAGUGAGAUGGGGGCUUCCGCAAAUAGCAAGACCAUUCGGACCUCGAUUGUUCUUCCACUUAUGGAGGAAUUUGCUCGUGGCCGCGACCUCAAUGGGUACCUAGAGCGCUGGCGAGCUCAACUCUUCCACUUUUAUCGCAACAGCACAAAUUUUGGCGGGGAAAAGCGCAAGAAGUCCAGAAAAAUUGUUUCUGUGUGGGAGCACGAUGAUUUAACCCGGCAGCUCAAGCAGCUGCUCGAAGGGUCACUGACAGCUACGCAAAUUCUGCGCGAACUACAGACAUUUAGAUCCCGCGUCAAUAUAGACUUGGCGGAUUUGAACAACCCUGACACCAUUGCCGAUGUGAUGAGUAGCGUUGUCGUUAUGGAGGCAGUUCUUUCUUCCGUCACACAAGAGGAAACAGUAGACACUCUCUCAGCAUCAGUAAUCACUUCUUACGAGACGUUUCUUCAGUUGCUUGCGCUGGACGCUCAUGAGCUGACAGAGAUGCGUUGGCGGUUAUAUCGCUCAAUCACCAAGAUCCAAUUGCAGUGGAGUCUAGCAUUUUCUGCAUCCUCACCCGCUGUUGUCGAGGAUGCGUCUGGCCACAAUUCCCGCUUAUUGAAAGGUGCCAUAAAGUCGGCAGCCAAAUUGAUCAAGAAGUUCGCUUCAAAAGAUUCAAUUUCUUUUAAAUACUUAUUCAAGAAUUUGGAAGCUCUAGAAGCAUUUCGCUUUCUUUCUACUCUGCCAUACAUUCUCCCGUCUCAAAAUCAUCACAAACCUUUGGCCAUCGAAGCCUUUAAUUCCGCUGCUGCACAGGUCACAGAUUUCAUCGAGAGGAUAUCUGGUCACGCUGAGAACGAAGAUAAUACACUCAGCUGCUGGCUGGGAGAGACGGAGAAGCUCACUCAUGCCUCGGCAGUGGCACUUGGCUUUACACUGCCCUUAGUCGAGUCACCGGCAUUUCUCUUAAAACUUAUCUCUGAAGUCCGCAUCAAGCUCCUUUCCAUUUUGUACAAACUUGCGCGAAAGGAAGGCAUGUGGAGUCAAGAAAAAUCGUGGAAUACAAACGGAUUGUCAUUUCUGCGAGUAUGGGAGGCGCUCCUAAACGACGAUUCUUUACUGAAUGACCCGUCCAUGAAAGCCGAAUUAUCCUCGAUCAUCUCGUCAACAUCGAACAAGUCCAUUCAAGGAAAAGGUGGCAACGAUCGCCAGGAGAACGCUACUUUCCUCGCAGAAUGCUACUUGAAAACGCCUCUAAGUGUCCUUCAUCGUCAUCAAAGGGAGGAAGCUCUCAAUGUCAUAUAUGAGAACUACCUAGAGGCCCGCCCAAUGGGCGUAAAUAAGCAGCGAUCGCUCUAUAUGAGUAGUAUGGUCAAGCUUAUGAGAUUGCCCAACCCUUCAUCUAAGAUUGCUACAAUUCCUGAUGCGCCGUGGAAAUUGGCUGAGUCGAUUGGAGGCGAAGUUCUGGCAGAGGAUGCGACUCUAUGUCUCCUAAUCGAGGAACUCCAGAAGCUGAAUCUUGAGCAUCUUAUUUCGACCAGGGACCAGCCAAGAAGUCGCCAAUAUUUGACAGCGACCCUUGAGCGAGUCAAUAGGCAAAUCAAUCAGAAUCAGAACCUUUCAAAUAAGGUUGGUAUUGUGACUCUCAUCACGACCACGCUUUCCGUCUUCAACGCCUAUCGGUCCGAACUUCAAUCGACCACGAACACUGAGUUGUUGCCCGUCAUUCAAACUUGGCUACAGAGUCUCAUGUUAAAUCUGUCUACGCUCGUGAAAACAUUUGCUCACUCCGGGAUCCCUGAUACCCUCAUUGUGUCAAGGUGCAUUAUCCAAGGCAUAGUCGCAUUGAUAGACGCGUCUGAGGAUGCUGGAAUACGAACGAACGUGGCUAUCCUCGGAAAGGAGGCGCUUGCUCUAGCCGAGGCUCGAUCACAAGCUGGUCUGACGGGCAAUUUCUCCACUGAGGCUGAUUAUCUGGCCUUGCUCAUUCGUCUCUAUGAAGUAAUUGUACGGGCCAAUGGGGAUGAUAUUGCGAUCCAUCAGUCUCUCGGUUCUCAUCUGCUUAGCAAAGAUCUGAUGGAGGUAGAGCAAGACUCGAUCUUGAACUCUUUCCGGUUGUCAUCACGCAAUCUCAGUGUUGAGAAGAAACUGUCAUUACUCGAUAAUCUCCGACGCGGUGCCCUCGAUGGCCAUUCGUCGAGCCAGCUGCUUUUGUUGAAAACACUGAUUGACGACAUCGACGAUUACAACCAAGGCACAGGACGGCUAGGAAAUGAGUUGCUUGUUACUUUCUUCAAUAUCAGCAAAGACCUCAACAGUACAAUCUCAUACGAGCAUUUCUCUAGCUCCAUGGAUUGCCUGGAAAUAAUGGCACGUAAGAGGGGCUUUCCAAUGUCACAAUGGAAUAUUGACUCUCUCAUCGGGUCACUCAAUGCGAUCACCUCGUCUACCGGUCCCCGCCUUCCAGCUGAGCGGGCAGGACCCAUCUUCUUGAAGAUAUGUCAUUUACUCAACACAUUCAUGAGUCUGCAUCGGACCAAGCUUGGCGGACGGUUCCAUCUACUUGUGACCCUGAUGCAAAACCUGCUACAAUGCCUUUUGAUUCCAGGCGGAAAGCCUGGGUCUUCAAUGCCGUCGGCAGGACUCCCACCCUGGUGUGUUGGAGGGCAGUCUGUCGCAUCAGCCUCAAUGGGGACCGCGUGUGCAGAGGGAUACGCUCGACUUCUUUCGACCUUGUGUGAACCUACAGUUUCCCAAGUGACAGGUUCUCGAACGCGCGCUAAACAUGAACUCAAUGACGAGGUUCGCAAGGCUAAGGCGACUGUCGCAAAGUAUCUGCCUUAUCUGUUGAUGAAAUACAUUGAAUGUCAGCUUCGUACACGUGUAUCGGCAGAGCAAAAGGCCGCGCUCUCUCCAGGGUUCCACACAGCCUUCGGUUUAUUAAGCCCAGAGAGCCUGCGCGCUCUCAACGCCGCCAUGGACUCAUCGAGUCGAGCGAUCUUCAAGAGCCUCUACGAAGAUUACCGACGCUUUGGUCGUUGGCAGGAGGAGUGA